ACCAUGAAGACCAGACUAGGCUGCCUGUCCAACAAGUCGGACUCCUACAGCGACUUCUCCGAGUUCCUUCCUCCCGCCCACGAAACGACUGCCAGGUGUCUGAAGCUGUCGACGGACGAGGUCGUUCGAUGGUCCGAGUCCUUUGAUCACCUCCUCGCUCACAAGUACGGCCUCGCCGCCUUCCGGACGUUUCUCAAGUCGGAGUUCAGCGACGAGAACAUCGAGUUCUGGAUGGCCUGCGAGGAGUACAAGAAGAUCAAGAGCUCCACCAAGAUGGUGUCCAAGGCAAACAAGAUCUUCACCGAGUUCAUUGAUGUCCAGGCGCCGAGAGAGGUAAACAUUGACUACCCGACCAGGGAGAAGACCAAGAAGAGCCUGGAGGACCCGACCCCGAGCAGCCUCAACGAGGUCCAGGCCAAAGUCCACGGCCUCAUGGAGAAGGACUCGUACCCGCGGUUCCUCCGCUCCAAGAUGUACCAGGAGCUGGUGAACAGGGCCCACGCUCAAGGCCAGCGGCGGUCGGUUUGA